AGCGAAUAGAUGCAAAUUAGUGUUCACAACAUUUUCGAAAUACAGUAUAGAAAUGAGUCUUAAUUUACAAAUUGAGAAAUUACGUGGUGCGGAGAAUUACAGGCAUUGGUCUAUGACGGUGCAAGCUUAUCUGGAAUCGGAGGAUUUAUGGACUGUCGUUGAACAUGGUCCAGAUUCAUCAGAACAGAGUUUGAUUAAAGAUCAUCGUGCCAAAUUCAUAAUAUUGCGUUCAAUUGAAAGCGACUUAUGUGAUUCUAUUGUCAACAUACAUUCAGCUCGAGACUUAUGGUCUUGUUUAAAACAACAGCAUUCGUGGGGUCUCUUUUCUUAA